UCUGUCUAGUGUCUGGUUUCAAACCUUUUUCUCUUGCUCUCUACUUUUUAAUGCAAAGGUUGCAUAUUUUUAUAAUUUUUCUUGCAGCAUUCUUUUAAUAUUUAUUUCAUUUAUUUGCAGUGAGAUAUGGUUGCCUUUGGGAAGAGUUUGAAGGAAAGACAAAUUCAGGAAUGGCAAGAAUAUUACAUAAACUACAAGUUAAUGAAGAAGAAAGUCAAACUGUACGCUCAUCAAAUUGAAGUCGGGACACUAGAUCGUCCACAAGUUCUCAAAGAUUUUUCAAGAAUGUUGGAUAAUCAAAUUGAGAAGAUUGUCCUUUUUCUAUUGGAGCAACAAGGUCUAUACGCAAGCAAGUUAACAAAGCUUAGAGAACAGAAUGACGCUCUUGAGGAGCAUCCACAAAUAUCCAAAAUAACUGAACUAAGAGAAGCUUACAGAGGAGUGGGACACAAUCUUUUGAAGCUUCUCUAUUUUGUUGAAAUGAAUGCCAUUGGUCUGCGAAAGAUAUUGAAAAAGUUUGAUAAACGCUUUCGCUAUAGAUUCACUGAUUACUAUGUUAAAACACGCGCUAAUCAUCCUUACUCUCAGCUGCAGCAAGUGUUCAAACAUGUGGGAUUAGGUGCUGUUGUUGGGGCAGUAUCUCGUAAUCUUCAUGAACUUCAAGACCGUCAGGGAAGCUACUUAUCAAUUUAUGAUUCGCCCUCCCUUCCUCUCCAGGAUCCUGUGGUUGAUUCAAUGAAAGCGGCUGUUGAUAGGUUAACUCACUCAACAAACUUCCUAAACUUUAUGGCACAACAUGCUCUGAUUAUGCAAGAAGAGCUACCUGCUCCCGUGGACCAACGCAUUGACGAAGAGAAAUACCAUUUUAUGUCACUCCUCCUGAACUUAGCAAACACGUUCCUUUAUAUGGUCAAUACAUAUAUUAUUGUCCCUACAGCAGAUAACUACUCCAUAAGCCUUGGAGCUGCUGCAACAGUUUGUGGUAUUGUUAUUGGGGCAAUGGCUGUUGCACAGGUGUUUUCUUCAGUGUACUUUAGUGCGUGGUCUAACAGAUCGUACUUCAGACCUCUCAUAUUUAGCAGUAUAGUCCUUUUUAUGGGAAAUGCCCUGUAUGCGUUGGCUUAUGAUCUGAACUCAUUAACAGUUCUUCUACUAGGUCGACUUUUUUGUGGAUUCGGUUCUGCAAGAGCUGUUAACCGCCGGUAUAUCAGUGAUUGUGUACCACUAAAAAUCCGAAUGCAGGCAUCUGCUGGAUUUGUUAGUGCCAGUGCUUUGGGAAUGGCAUGUGGUCCUGCUCUUGCUGGCAUACUUCAGACAGAUUUCAAAAUUUACAAGUUAACAUUUAAUGCAGUCACUUUGCCAGGAUGGGUUAUGGCUGUUGCUUGGCUCGUAUAUCUGAUAUGGUUGUGGUUCUCAUUUAAGGAACCAGCUCGUUAUAUGGAAGAGAAUAAUUCUCCUCGUGCAACAAAUGGUGAAAAGGCAGAAAAAAGUAAACUUGAGAAGGGUCUUAAACAACCAUUGCUGAUUACUUCGGAAGAGAAGAAAGAAGAUGAUGAAGACCCAGAAGCUGAUGGAAGUGAAGAAGAUCCCGAGGAAUCUCGUCGUCCUGCUACAUCAAUGGUUUCAGCCUAUAGAUUACUUACACCCUCAGUCAAGGUUCAAUUGUUGAUAUAUUUCAUGCUCAAGUAUGCAAUGGAAGUUCUACUUUCGGAGUCUAGUGUCAUCACCUCAUACUACUUCAACUGGUCAACAGGCACAGUUGCCAUCUUUCUUGCAUGUCUUGGCUUAACAGUUCUUCCUGUAAACAUUGUUGUUGGGAGCUACAUUAGCAACAUGUUUGAAGACAGGCAAAUUUUGUUGGUAUCUGAAAUUGUAGUUUGUAUAGGUAUACUGCUGAGCUUCCAUAUAAUAAUACCAUACUCCGUACCCCAGUAUGUAUGCUCAGGGCUCGUCAUGUUUGUUUCUGCUGAAGUUCUCGAAGGUGUCAACUUGUCACUGCUAUCUCGCGUAAUGUCGUCUAGGCUGUCACGCGGAACCUACAAUGGAGGACUGCUCUCGACGGAAGCCGGGACUAUUGCUCGAGUGAUUGCAGAUGCCACAAUAACAAUAGCUGGCUUCUUUGGUCAGAGUCAACUUUUGAACAUCACUCUACUUCCUUCACUACUGAUAUGCGUUGCCUCUAUCGUUGCUACAUGCUGUACCUAUAAUUCUUUAUUUUGAUCAACUCCAUAAAGAAUAAGAAGA